GUUUUAUCCACAGCUCUUUGUAAUUCCAUUCUUCUUCUUCUUAUAAACUCAAUUAAAAACAUCAUCUUUGCUCUGCAAUAAGUAAGUAACAAUAAGCUGGAGCUACCUUCAUUGAUUAAUCAGUAAAAUAGUGUAACGUUGAUAUUUUGGGUCUCUUCUUCUCCCGCUCCCUUGAAUUCACAAACAAACAUAUGGCUCCGGCGAUGGAGAAGAUCACCUUGUCCGGCACCAACACAGAAGUAAUCCGGCUGGAGCGCGAAGCUGUUAUCCCAAUCCUCAAGCCCAAGCUCAUCAUCCACUUAGCCAAUCUCAUCGAGCAUAGCUCCGACCGUGCGGAGUUUCUGAAGCUCUGCAAGAGAGUGGAGUACACAAUCCGAGCUUGGUACAUGUUGCAAUUUGAGGACCUCAUGCAACUCUACUCCCUUUUCGAUCCAGUCCAUGGAACACAAAAGUUGGAGCAGCAGAACCUAUCUUCUAAUGAAGUUGACACUCUUGAGCAGAAUUUCUUGAAAUACUUGUUUCAGAUUAUGGAGAAAAGCAAUUUUAAGAUAGCCACUGAUGAAGAGAUUGAAGUUGCACAUUCUGGGCAAUAUCUUCUUAACCUUCCGAUCACUGUGGAUGAGUCUAAGCUUGACAACAAGGUUUUGAAGAGGUUCUUUGAAUCACAUCCUCACGAAAAUCUCCCAGAUUUUGCCGAUAAGUAUGUAAUCUUCAGGCGUGGGAUUGGCAUUGACAAGACAACUGAUUAUUUUAUCAUGGAGAAAGUGGACGCAAUAAUUGCACGUAUGUGGGCGUGGAUAAUGAGAAAAACCAGAUUAGAGAAGGUCUUUUCAAGGAGGACUAGUUCAAGGCAGAAGAAGGAUUCCAAAAAAGACGACGAAAUCAUUUCUGAAACUGAAGAUCAUGAAUUAUACGUCGAACGCAUUCGUCUCGAAAAUAUGGAACUCAGUUUCAAAAAUCUGCUGAAAAAAAAUACAAUUCAAGAACCUACCUUCGAUAGGAUCAUAGUUGUGUACAGGCGAGCGAGUUCGAAAACUAAAGCAGAACGGGGCAUAUACGUGAAACACUUCAAAAACAUCCCUAUGGCUGAUAUGGAAAUUGUCCUUCCAGAGAAAAAAAAUCCAAGUUUAACUCCAAUGGACUGGGUCAAAUUUCUUAUAUCUGCAGUUGUUGGGCUGGUUGCUGUCGUAGGAUCUGUUGAAAUGCCUAAAGCUGACCUCUGGGUCAUGUUUGCUAUUCUUUCCACAGUGCUUGGUUACUGUGCUAAGAUUUACUUCACGUUUCAACAGAAUAUGGCCACAUAUCAGAAUCUAAUCACACAAUCAAUGUAUGACAAACAAUUGGAUAGUGGACGGGGCACUCUUCUUCACUUGUGCGAUGAUGUUAUUCAGCAAGAAGUAAAGGAAGUUAUUAUUGCGUUUUUCAUAUUGAUGGAACAAGGGAAAGCGACUCUUCAGGACCUUGACCAGCAAUGUGAAGAACUAAUACUAGAUGAAUUUGGUGAGCGAUGCAAUUUUGAUGUCGACGAUGCAGUUCACAAACUGGAAAAACUAGGCAUAGUUUGUCGGGAUUCAAUUGGAAGGUACUACUGCGUUGGUCUGAAGCAUGCUAAUGAGAUCAUAGGCACGACUACAGAAGAACUUGUCCUACAGGCCAAACAGAGACCUGCCGGGGCCUCUGCCUCUGCCUCUGCCUCUCCCUGAUUUAUUUCACUAAACAACUGCAAGAUUGUGAUAUUUUUGAAGCUAUUGAUUGGUGUAGUUUCUCUACUUUUUUCCCAGUAGAUUACAUUUCAUUUUUCAUGUAUAUAAAAGACCCAGUUUGUGCUGCUUGUAAUCAUUGAUGGCAAUGCCAAUGUAGUAGUGUGUGUGUGUGUGUUUGUUGAAGAAUGGGCCUUAUUUGUUUCCCUAACUCAAUAAAUCUUAUGUCAAUGAUCAA